CUUUCUUGAAUGACCAUCCAUUUAGUGUUUUUUUUACCCAAAACCUUUGCCAAAUUUAAAAUAGUUCUACGCCUAUUUUUAUAUUCUAUUAUUGGAAUGUUUCGCCAAUAUUCAGAAAUGUUUAGACAUAGAUUUAUGUAAAGUUUACGCUUUACGUCGACUAACAGCGAUAUUUGCGUGAGAUUUCAAAAGCAGCAUUGAGGCAGAAACUAACGAGGAAGACGCACCAGUUCCAUGUGCGAAGUGAAAUUUAUAAACUUAUUAUUUGACCAUUCAAAGUUCUUGGUUGAAAGCGAUUUUUUACUUCAAAUUAGUUCUUAAUAAAAAUGAAAAAUGUGAUUGAUUUUUUGUGGAUAUUAAUUCCGUUGUUAAUACUACUAGGGACAGUGAUAGGCAACAUUUUUGUUUGUUUAGCUAUCAUAUUAGAGAAACGUCUACGAAACAUAACGAACUAUUUCCUGAUGAGUCUUGCAAUUACUGAUCUCAUGGUGGCUUUGUUUGUCAUGCCACUCAGUAUUCUUAAAUUUAUUAAAGGAUACUUUCCCCUGCAUUCCGUUUAUUGCCUAAUUUGGACCUGUUUAGAUGUAUUAUUUUGCACCUCAAGUAUUAUGCAUUUAUGUGCUAUAAGUAUUGAUAGAUAUCUCAGUCUUCGUUAUCCCUUCAAAUUCGGACUGCAUAAAACCAAAUUACGAAUGAUAUUAAAGAUAGCCUUGGUUUGGUUGCUCAGUAUAACUAUGAGUCUUCCUGUGAGUCUCAUGUAUGUAAAGGUAACAUAAAAUUUAAUAUUAUUUUAUAAUUAAUUUUAUUACAUUUACGCAAUUUUAUGAUAUAGUACAAUUAGAAAAUAUUAGCUAGAAGAUCGCAUUGCAAAUCGAUUUAUUCAUUAUUGUAUAGUGCGUUGAAUAAAUUUUA